AUGUCUUCCAAGCCAGGCGCUGCUGCCAAUACCAGUGCGGCAGCUGCUGACACUGCGGCAACAACUGCGGCUACCAAUGAGGCGGCAGCAACCACGGCCACUGCUGCGGCCGGAACAACCUCGACCUCGGCUAGCCAGCCUACAACCACCUCCAGCGAAGUGACUACUAGCAGCACCAGCAGCAGUACCAGCAGCACUACAAGCUCGAGUAGUACCAGUAAGACCUCCACGACCGAGCCUACUACAACACCUUCGCCUACAACCACGACCUCCUCAUCAUCAACCUCUUCUUCCACAACCAAGCCGACCACCACCGAGGCCCCUUCGACCACCGUACUUCCAUCGACCAGUAGCGGUUCAUCCGGAACGACCGUUGUUUACGUUACGUCUACCGCGCCGAGUGAAAACACUGGUGCCACGUCCAUCACAUCUUCCAGCGCGACCGACUCUGCCGCUCUCGCAACCUCUACUGGAGCAGCAAGCUCCGGCGGUCUUUCUCCCAGUGGAACAAUUGCCGUGGCAGUCGUUGUGCCAGUAGUUUCGGUGGCAUUGAUCGUCUUGGCAGCCAUCUUCUUCUGGCGCAAGCGCAAGGCGAACAAGGCGAACGAGGAGGAGCGUCGCAAGGAGGUAGAGGAGUACGGCUUCAACCCCAACAACGACCCAACUCUCCCCGGAAUGGCAGGCGUAGUGGCACCCAAGGACGACACUUCCUCUGGCUACCGUGGCUGGGGAACUACGUCUGCCGGACGCAAGGCCUCCACCAACCUCUCCAGCGGCAUGGGCGGUCUUGCCAUGUCCGAAGGAAGCGGCCCCGGCUACCACCAUGGCGCAACUCCCAGCGAAGGCACUGUGCAAUACUCGGAUGGAGUUCGACCGGACUCUGGCGAAAUUGAACCCAUUGGUGUGCUUGGUGCCGCGCCUGUAGCCGCCAACAACCGCACUGGCGACAUCCACCGCGGCCCCUCCAACGCAUCCUCUGCCUACUCAGCUGCCAACCACUCCGAGGCUUCGGAAGAAAGCCACAUGUCUGCAGCACACCCCUCGGGUGGCUACUACGGUGAAAACCCGUACUACGGCGACAUCAACACCCACGGUGCCUACGGUGACGAGUCCUAUCAGCCCGUCAUUCGCGAUGUCCAGGCACGCCGCAACACACGCAUCGAAAACCCCGGGGUCUACCCACGACAAGGGAAUGCCGGUAUUGCCCAGAACUUCUAA